GCGGGCAGCAUGGCGAACACGGCGUUUAAGAGCCUUGGCGACGUGCUCAUGGUGCUGCCGACGUCCACGGUUAUCGUGUACGAGGUGCUGAACCCGAUCGUGACCAACACCGGCGUGUGCAGCGUGGCGAACAAGGUUGUCACGGCGGUGCUCCUCUCGCUCUGCGCCUUCUCGUGCGCCUUCUCGGCCUUCACCGACAGCUACAUCGGCGCCGACGGCAAGGUCAGGUAUGGCAUCGCGACGGUCAGGGGUCUCGUGCCGAUCAGCGGCGGCGACGACACUGACGGCGAGGGGAGGGACUUCUCCAAGUACAGGCUGCGGCUUGCAGACUUCGCGCACGCCCUCUUCUCGGUGAUCGUGUUCGCGGCCGUGGCGCUGCUGGCCGACGCCAACACAGUGGCGUGCUUCUACCCGCAGCUCCUGGCGCAGCAGAAGGCGCUGGUCACGGCGCUGCCCGUCGUGAUCGGCGCCCUCGCCAGCGGGUUCUUCGUCGUCUUCCCCUCCACGCGCCACGGGAUCGGGUACCCGCCGAUGAAGCCUGCCGCAACCGCGCUGGCGUCGCAGUAG